UCUUACAACUCCAUAUUCAAAAUAAGUGUUUGAGUAGUAAACAUCUAGUACGAUGUCUAAAGAUCAUGAAAAAAAUAGCAAUUAUUUAGAUUGACUGAGUAAAGUAGGCAAUGGAAUUUGAUAACACGACAUUACGUCUUGAAGACCUAAACCAUGCUCAAGCGUUACGAAACAUUCCGAUAGUCGUGUAUCUUGGAUUAGUUGGAAUCACGGGAUGUAUUGGAAAUUCUUUAGUGUUUUACAUAUAUGCAUCAAUUUAUACAAAAUUAAAUUCAAGAACUUUCUUACUUUUUCUUGCUGCAAUAGAUUGGAGCACUUGUGUCAUAGAUAUUCCAUUGGAAAUAGUUAUUGUACUUAACGAAUACAAUUUCCAAGAUACGUUGCUUUGUAAAUUUUCCAGAACAGGAAACGCAUUAACAACCCUUUAUGCUGGUGGAGUGUUGCUUGCAAUUGCAGUUGACAGAUAUUUGAAAAUAUGUCGCCCAGUGGGAUUUCAAAUUUCAAACAGGACGGCCAAAUUUCUCUGUAUUGCGUUGUUUUUUGUGACACUCCUUCUCAUAUGGCCUGAAUUCGUUAUGAAUGGCUUGAAAACUGUUGUGAUCAAAGGUGAAGGAUUAAAUGGGACGGACUGUUCGGUCAAGGAUGAUUAUCAAAAUUCAGCAUAUCCGACGGUCUUCAAGUUUAUCAUUUUUAUUCUAUUCACUGCAUCGUUGUCAAUAAUGAUUGUCAUGUAUUGUCUUAUUGGGAGAAAAGUUAGAUUCUUUGCCUACAAAAAGGAAAGGCGUGGCAGCCUGUCUAAGACUUAUACGUUGGAUAGCACCGAAAACUUAGACGAUGCUUCUAAUUUAAAGGGGUUACAGCGUACUGAGAACUAUAACGCCGCUGCCAUGAACGAGUAUGUUCAUGUGUCAAUGAGUUACACUAAAGAUAACGUGGACACGACUUACAACAGCAAUGACAGUAUAGAUGAUUUAAAAUCUAUGGAUUCACAAACAUCUGAGAUCGCGACAAUUGAGAGAAAGAAACCUUUUAAAAUCCAACUAUCUACUACCCAACUGGAUCAGAUAAAACGUAGAAGAACUUUAGCACGAAAUACAACAUAUCUUAUGUUUAUUGUAACGUCUUCAUUUAUCAUUGCAGGUCUGCCUUAUUUGAUUCUCAUAAUUCUGAGCAAUAUCAUCGACAACUUUGUGUUGAAUAUGAAUCCAAGUGGUAGGGUCGUAUAUAGUUUCUUCUUGCGAUCGUAUUUCCUUGGUGCUGCCGUAAACCCUAUAAUUUAUAGUAUAUUUGAUAGGAGAUUCAGACACGCAUGUAGAGGAUUAGCGAGAAAAUUGAAAUUAAAGGUCUGCCGAACAGAUAAGCUGGAUAUCUAGUAAGCAUAUUUCAUCAAACAUUUGACGCUUAUAUUUAUUUGUUUCUUUGUAAGGUGAUAUUUAUG